CAUGUAUCUUUUAGAAAUCUAAAAUCUGGUAGAUACAUAGUUUAUGUUGAAAGUACAUAAUAUUAUAUUAAACCGCCGGAACAAUUGAAAAGAUAAGACGUGAUUAUAAUUAUUUAAAAUGUGACGACGCAUUAUGAGUCGAUGUUCUUAAAAUAUACUCAAAAUGUUGCGAGUUAUUUUUGUUAGGUAUAUGAUUAGUAAAGUAAGACUCCAGAAAUUAGUAAAUGCCCACACGCCAGCCAGUUUCAAAAGGAUUGAACCAACGCAUAUCAUUAUUUCAAAAAUUAGUUGCACAAUAAUCUCUAUUAACGAUGAAUAAUACUAUAAAAGCCGAUAUAACUUUCACUGAUGUUGUGUUGUGUUAUUAAUCUUAUCUUUUCAAAAUACAAUAAUUUAUUUCAGUUUGAUACGAAGGAAGGUCCCACAUGCAUGAAAUGUUUCUAACCACACCAAGUUGCCAACUUGCAUGUGUGCAAAUUCUCUUCUGACCCCCAUCGAGUUCUCCUUUUCACAGUUUUUUUCUCUCUUUCUUCUUCUAUCACAUCGAGUUCCAUUAUUAUAUUACAAGGUCUAUAUAUUAAUCGAUCAUUGUCCUCUCGAAUAUUUAAUCGCAGUACUUUAUUAUAAUUUUCAAUACGUCUAACCAUAUAGAAACAUUGAAUUUCUGCACUGCCUGCAAGAUUCGAUAUUUUUUCACAACUUUUAUAAUAGUGCGAAUCGAAUUUGCAUUUCCCAUAUUCUCUACUAUUACUUUUGGCAGCUAACACAAUGCUUUCUUGCACCCAAAUCAAAUCCCUUUACUAGUUUUAAAACUCAGGUAUUAUUUUGUCAGCUAAGAAAGUGUAUUUGAUUGUGAAUUACUAAUUUUCAGACUCAAUACUGAUAAAAAGUAUUCUUUAUUGGUAUAGCUUACUAUUAAAACAGUGCAUGAUUAAUGAUUACAUAAAAAUAGUCGGACCGGACCUAAAGUAUAACAUUAAGUAUAAUUAUUUUAGAUAAUCCCAUUUAUCUAUUUCAAGAUCGGGUACACAAUUAUAUAUUUCUAGUUCUGUAUAGCUUCCCUAGUUUACACUAAAAUGCUCGACUCUGCAUUAAAAAGUUAUAUAUAUUCCUUUGUAUCACGUCAGAAUUGUAUUUGGGAAAGUAGGCGGACCAGAUUAUAUGAUGCUAAGUCGUUUUCAUUGUUUUACUUCGAUUUAUAUAUCAAACGAGGCACUGAAAAUCAAACCGAAAUUAUAUUACUCACCUUUAUAUUUAUAUGUUUUUUGUCAACUUAGAUUUCUAACUUUUUGAGACCACGAUAUUAUAAGGUUACAUUUAUACAAAACUUUAUAACAUGGUGAGAUGGCUUAAUUACAUCUGAACACAUUCCAGGCUUUAUAUAUCCCAAAUUCCCAACAAACGUUAUUUAUUUUAAAGAAAUUUAUCAGUGUUUGGAAAACUAUCAAAAUACCAUCAUAUUUUUCUAACUUUGACGACAUGGUUCUUUCUGUAAGAGAGAUCUUUUUAGAGAAUGUAAAACCUCUAAAUAGUUAUGAAAAAGUUAAAUAAAAAAGAUAAGCAGUGAAGCAAUAGUUAAAUGAAUUGAAUGUGACAUUCGAUUUUUAUCUACCUAAUUCUGAUUUAUCCAAUAUCCGUACGUCUCUUUAUUAAUAAUUUUUUUACUUUGUUCGGAAGAACAUAUCCAUUUAAUAAUAAUAAUAAUUUCAUUUAUUACUUUUUCUUUUAUCAUAUAGUUUUUGACCAAAAUUAAUUGGGUGUUUAAUACGGUUAUACAGUAUUAGUCAUCAAUCCGUGUUGACAAAAAAAGUCUUCAAUCAGUAAGACUCAAAAUAGUGUCAUCAAUAAUUUUGACGUUGGAAAACAACUCUUCUAUUUGCAGACCUAUCUAUUUGUCAAUUUUUUUAAUUUCUCCUGCUCCAUGAUUGAUGGUUUAGAAAAAAAAUUUGUUUCUAAAAAAUUUAUAUUUCAUUUUUUCAAUGUAUGUAAUAAUGAUAAAUUGUAAAUUUUAAAAACAAUAAUUGUAUUUACUGAACUAUAAUAUGUCCAUUCUGUUAUCAUCAUAAUGUAUGUAAAAGAAAAUCGAAACAAAACUCCAACUACACUAUAUACAUUAUUUGCAGUGAAUUAUAAAUUAUUGAUUUUGGAUCAUUGACAGUUAACACAAAAUUUAGUGUAUAUAAAAUAAAAUGGAAACAAGAUUCAAAUACAAAAGUAUUUGGGUUGAAUUUUAGAUAGUUGAUUUAGAUUCGAUGUAUUACUAUUAAUCAGUUUUCGUUUAAAGAAUCCACUCAUAUCUAUUAAAGAAUCCUAAUUACAGUUAUAUUCAAUUCCACUAAGAGGGUGUUAUUGGUUUAUGUAUUUUAAUGGAUUUUAAAAUUUAAACUAAAUUCAGUGUUAUUGGUUCUAUGAUUUUAAAAUUCAAAUUAAAAUACACUGUUAUUGGUUUUAUGAUUUUGAAACAUAUUUUAAAAUCAAGUGUUAUUCAAUGGUAAGUAUUUUUUUAAAGAUUUGAUUUAGAAUUGGAUUUGAGUGGAUUUUAAAGUGUUAUUAGGAUGAAAAUACAAAGGAACAAAUAUCAAGUUGAACCUUGUUAUUUUGAAUGGAUUUGUAUUAUUAGGGUUUCUCAGUUUUUACGUGGUUCCCCUUCGGUUGCAUCAUGACACCAUCACAUGGGUGGUGAGAUACCAAUCGGUUCUCUGCUAAACGUUUGUGGAAAGCUAUUAGGCCAAGACAAGGUCUACUCGUAGAUUGUCUGGCACAGUGCUGUCAUUCCUAAGCAUUUUUUUUCAAAUGCUUGGUUGUUUCUUUAAACUUCCCAAACCAAUAACACCCUAAAACAAAAAGGCAAAAGGUGGAGUUGAAACCUAUUUGACUUGCCGAAGAUUAAUAUACUUUCUUGCGAACUACGGUUAGUGUAGUGUUUCAGUUACAAGAUAAGAACAAAUGAGCCGAAAAAGCCUCAAAUAACAAUCAGCAGAUAUUCUUAUAUAUUUAAAAAGCCUCCAAAUCAAAGGAGCAAACAAGAGUAAUUCUUGGGUUCACCUUAGGGGGUGAACCCAAGAAUUACUCAGCAAACAACCUUGCGCCUUCUUUCUCUCUCCUUCUCUAUCACUUAUUGUUAAUCAGAAUCUCUCUUCCCUUCUCCACGAACUCACGACUCAGAUCGAACGAUUCUCCAAGAAAAGAUCGCAGAGAAUGGAAGAUCUUCCUCUUCCCGGCGGCUGUAAAAACAUGGAGGAGUUCUCCGCAUACAUUCAUCGCAGGAUCAACGAAUGCAUGAGAGACUAUAAGAGCAAGGAAGAAACUAUACAACAUCUAAUGGAUCAGUUUCAAAUCCCACAUGUCAUGACCAGCAUAGUUUGGGAUCUUCUUGAAGCAAAGUAUCCAGAGAAUUUCAGAUCCCACUAUGAAUCUUGCGAGACUUAUCAGAAGAUCCUUGAAGCUUCAAGAAUCCAGAGCUACCAACUUAUACCGAGGUUUUUCAGGGAUAGAAGAGAGAUAGAUCAACAACGUCGCUCUAAUAUCCAGAUAGACGAUGAUGAUGCAACAUCACAAGCACCUCAAGGUUCUAAUGGUGGUGAUGCCUUAGUCCCUAGAGGUUUUAAGAGCGUGCAGGAGUUCUCAUAUUACGUUCAUGGAAGGAUCAUGGAGUGUAUGCGUAAUUACAAGAGCAAGGAAGAAACUGUAAAACAUCUAUUGGAUCAGUAUCGGAUCGCACCUGAAUCGACCAACGCAGUUUGGGAUCGUCUUGAACAAGGGUAUCAAGAUAACUUCAGAUCGUACUACGAAGCUUGCGAGAAGAAUCGGAAGUUACGUGAACAAGAAGCACCAAAAACGGCUAAUGCUCAGAUCACAGCAGAAACUAGAUCUUGUAAGUCUUCUAAGAGAGAGAGAGGUAAACAGAAGAAGGCAGCUUCGACAUCAGUGGCCAGUAAGACACUCAUACUGAGGAGCUUAAAUGAUAUAAAUGUGAAAAAGCGAGAGCAACAAUGUACAUUUCCUCCUGAUCAAAGCUUAAAGGAGACUGGUCCUGCAUCACGAGUCUCUCGUUUGGGACCAGAUGCUAAUGGAGCGAUGCACAUGAAUUUGGAGGACCUUCUUCUUAUGCUGAAUCGCUCAAGAGACGGUGCAUAGAUAAGGAGCAAGUGAGAGGUGACAACGAAGAAGCAUGAUCAGAAUCAAUAACGGCUAGAAAACAUAUUAGAUGAUCGAGAAAGAUAUGAGAUUCUCACAUUAGACAUAUGUUUCUUUGAUGCUUUCUUUUUAUCAUAUAGCUAAACAGUUAUUUCAGUCUAUCAAAUCUCAAUCCAUGUUAUUGUGUUGCAAAA